AUGGACCCCCUCACGGCGCUGCGCAAGCAGACGGAAGCCAAGCAAGCCGAGCGCGCAGAGGCCGUGCCUGUGGCGACAGCGGUGCCGCUGCCUGCAGGCUAUGCCAGCGCUCCCGCCGCUGCCGCCGUGGCGGUGCCCACUGUGACGGCGCCGGAAAGAGCCCUGCCCGGCGCCAGCGCUGCUCCGGUGGAGGGUGCGCUGGCGGGGGAGCACGUGGUGGAGCAGGUGAAAUCCUGCAGUUUGCUGGUGCAGAACCCCUUCUGCGAAGUCGCCGGCCGCCUCCAAAUGAAGGAGCUCCAGUGGAUGCGAGAGGCGAAAUACUUCGACGUGCCCUUCGGAGCCGUGGAAAGCGCGAAGGAGGAAACCUCCACGUCCACGGCCGGGCAGACCGUGUACAAGCUGACCAUCACCACGAAGGACCUCCGCGUCCUCUGCUUCUUCAUGCCGACGGAUGCUGAGAUGCGCCUGGUCUCUGAAGCCGUGGCGGCCUUCGGCUGCCCCGGCAAUCCGGCCAUGCUCUUCGCCACGAAGCAUUUCGAGGCCUUGAAGAAGGAGGCGGCCGUGGAGGUGCCCGACAGCGGCUGGUGUUUUUAUGACCCCAUCCAGGAUUUUGCUCGGAUGGGCAUCGACACCGAGCUCAUUCCGAACCCGCAGUGCCCCUGGCGCGUCUCGGAGCUGAACCGCCACUACCGACUCUGUAGCUCCUAUCCGUCUGUGCUGGUCCUGCCGCGGCGCAUGCCCGAUCAGGCACUGCGGGAGGUUGCUGCCUUCCGGAAACGCGGGAGGCUCCCGGCGCUGAGCUGGUGCGGUGGCCCCGAGUUGGGUUUCGCGUCCCUCUGGCGCUGCUCGCAGACCACGGAAGGCCUCAUGGGCCAGAAGUGCAUCGAAGACCAGGCGAUGCUGAACGCCAUCCGCCUGGGCGCCGGCGCGAAGGAUCGGGACCUGCUGCUGAUCGAUUUGAGACCGCGCAUGAAUGCCUGGGUGAACAAGGCGGGGGGUGGGGGCUUCGAGGCGUACCCCAACUGCCGCGUGAUCUUCGGAGGCAUCGACAACAUCCACGCCGUUCGAGAUGCGUGGCGUGCUAUGGGAGCCGCCGUGCGGAACAUCGUGGAGGGCCAAGUCGGUUCAUGGUUCAAGGACGUGGCCAACUCGGGUUGGUACGACUACAUCGGCGCGAUCCUCGGCUCGACGCUGAAGGUGGUCGAAGAGAUCCUGAACAACCAGGCCAACGUCGUCAUCCACUGCUCCGACGGUUGGGAUCGCACAGCACAGGUGUCCUCGCUGGUGAUGCUCUGCCUGGAUCCGUACUAUCGGACCCAGGAGGGGUUCUUAAAGCUGGUGCAGAAGGAGUGGUGCUCCUUUGGCCACCGCUUCCGCACACGUUUGGCCAUAGGUGAGCAGCCUACUGCUGAGUACAGCCCGGUCUUCAUCCAGUGGUUGGAGUGCGUGUUUCAACUCCAGCAGCAAUUCCCGGACACCUUCGAGUUCGCACCGCCCGUGCUGAUUCGACUCGCGGACGAGGUCUUUAGCAACCGCUACGGCACCUUCUUCUGCGACAACGAGCAGGAGCGACGGAAAGUCGAGAAGCAGACGCUGUCGCUGUGGACGACGCUCCUCGACGAGAGAGAAAUGUGGCGGAGCACCUCGUACCGCCCCGGGCGGACACAGAUGCUGCCCAGCCUCUGCCAGGCCAACUACACCAUCUGGGAAGCCUAUUGGUUCCGCUUUCACCCACGAGGGGCCGCCGCAGGAGGCGAGCCGCCCUCGCCGACGAAGAAGUCCGAGGCGGCGGAGGAUCCUUUCGCCCCGACCUUCCUGGGCCCGGCGAGCACCGCCUCGGCCUCGGCCUCGGCCGGCAGCGCCCCGCCGAGCCUUGCGGAGCCCUCGCCGGUGAAUGCCGAGGUGGAGGCCGUGCCGGCGGCGCCGUCGCCCGAGCCCAGCGCCCCGCCAAAGGAAGGCUCCCUUUUCAGCACCGCCGAGCUCGCGGCGCCCAAGAAGCCUUCGCCACCGGUGGCACUCUUCACGGAUGACGACGAGGACGUCUUCGCUGCCAAGCCGAAGGCGGCGCCCGAAGCCGAGCGAGAAGCCGCGGCCGUGAGAGAUGCCUAG